AUGAGGAAACCAUGCGAGCGAGAGAGGAAGGGUGAGCGCGUAUGUUCUGAGAGUCAGCAGCGGAGACGCAAAAGUCCACAGGCUCAGAUCAUCAAGAGAGCGCGCGAAGGCAGAGCAGACGGCCAGCUGCUCUGAAGAGUGACACACAGAGAGCAAAGACACUAAGAAGGAGAGAAGAAGGACAGGAGACACACAACCAGCCUUCCUCUGGUAAAAGGAGACAUCACUGAGGGACUGUAGCAUCGUCCCCCGGUCACCCCCCCCCAGCAGCACAGAGGAGCACUGUCUCAUCUUGUGCAUUUCUUUGUGCCUGCCAACUUCAAUUUCACACUCGCCUACUGUUUUUCGUAGGUUUUGCCCCCUUCACUCCCCAGUCAUGAUCCCUUGGGUCCUUCUGCUCCUGUGGAUCUCCGGACAUGGGGCGGAGGCCGUGUUUUCCCAGCAGCCACAGGACCUGGUCGUGGUGGCCGGCCAGCCUGUGACGUUGCCAUGCACUAUACCCGGAUACCAUGGAGUUGUCCUGUGGAUCAAAGACGGCCUGGCCCUGGGAGUGGGCCGAGACCUCUCUGGCUAUCCACGUUACACAGUGAUUGGCGAUCACGGUUCAGGAGAGCAUCAUUUGCGGAUCCAGCGCGUGGAGUUGAUGGACGAUGCUGUGUUCGAGUGCCAGGCCGUCGCGGCUGCCAUGAGGUCCCGUCCAGCCCGGCUCACUGUUCUGGUUCCUCCAGAUGACCCGGUCAUCAGCGGAGGGCCGGUGGUGAGCCUGAGAGCUGGCGACCCUCUCAACCUGACUUGCCAUGCCGACAACGCCAAACCUGCAGCUUCAAUCAUCUGGAUCCGCAACGGAGAGGUCCUUAACGGGGCCAUGUACUCCAAGGUAAGCACAGAGACGUUGCUCCGGGACGGCAGGAGAGAAAGCACGGUGAGCGUGCUGUACCUGUCGCCUUCCAACAUCGAGACGGGCCAGCAGAUCUCCUGCAAGGCCUCCAACAAGGCGGUGCCCAACGGCAAGGAGACCAGUGUCACCAUUGACAUUCAACAUCUCCCACUUGUGAAUCUCUCUGUGGAGCCUCAGCCUGUUCUGGAGGGCAACCUGGUGAAAUUCCACUGCUCUGCGAAGGCCAACCCUCCUGUAACCCUCUACAGGUGGGCCAAAGGCGGAAGUAUAAUUAAGGAGGUCUCUGGAGACACGUAUGAGGUUAUUGUGGAUCACUCCUUCUUCACUGAACCCGUUUCCUGUGAGGUUACCAACGCUCUCGGCAGCACCAACAUCAGCCGCAAUGUCGAUGUAUAUUUUGGCCCUCGAAUGGCUGCAGAGCCUCAGUCCUUGCAGGUUGACCUCGGAUCGGAGGCUGUGUUUAACUGUGCCUGGACAGGAAAUCCUUCUCUCACCAUUGUCUGGAUGAAAAGGGGCUCUGGAGUGGUUCUUAGCAACGAGAACCUCCUGACGCUGAAAUCCGUGCGGCAGGAAGACGCUGGGAAAUAUGUUUGCCGUGCUGUCGUCCCGCGCGUUGGAGCCGGGGAGAAGGAGGUGUCUCUUACUGUCAAUGGGCCACCUACAAUAUCCAGCACCCAGACUCAGCAAGCUCUACAUGGAGAAAAAGGACAAAUCAAAUGCUUCAUUCGAAGUACACCCCCACCAGACCGCAUUGCUUGGUCGUGGAAGGAAACGGUGCUGGAGUCCGGGACCUCUGGCCGCUACACCGUUGAGACGGUCAACACAGAGGAAGGAGUCAUUUCCACGCUGACCAUGAGUAACAUUGUCCCAGCUGACUUCCAGACCAUCUACAACUGCACGGCGUGGAACAGCUUCGGCUCGGACACCGAGAUCAUUCGCCUUAAGGAACAAGAAUCUCUCCCAGUGGCUGUGAUCAUCGGCAUUGCAGUGGGAGCGUUCGUGGCCCUCAUUGUCCUAAUGGGCACCAUCGGCGCGUUCUGCUGCACCCGCUCCCAGAGAAAGGAAGCGCACCUGGUUAUGCCCUCACUGCCCGUCUCCAUCUGUGCUCACCAGAGAGAACUUGCAAGCAAAAUUAAGACAGAAAAUCUGAAAGGAGUCGUGUCGGCAAAAAAUGACAUCCGCGUCGAGAUCGUACACAAAGACCACAAUGCAGCACGAGAGAACGAAGAGCAUGCUUCCAUGAAACAACUGAUGGUGAGUGUUGAACGAGGAGAGUUCCAGCAGGAAUCCGUUCUGAAGCAGCUGGAGGUGUUACAAGAGGAGGAGAAGGAGUAUCAGCACAUUAAGGACCCUACAAACGGCUACUACAGCGUCAACACCUUCAAGGAGCCCCACACGCCAACCAUGACGGGGAACCAGCCCGCCGAAGCCAGGAACCCGACCAACACGGGUACCCUGGGCAAGCAGCGGGUGCCGACGGGCAUGUCCUUCACCAACAUCUACUCCACGCUGGGAGCGGGCCCCAACCGCCUGUACGACUACAGCCAGCGCUUCGUGCUGGGCAUGGGAAGCAGCUCCAUCGAGCUGUGCGAGCGCGAGUUCCAGCGCGGCUCGCUCAGCGACUCCAGCUCUUUCAUCGACACGCAGUGCGACAGCAGCAUCAGCAGCUACAGUAAGCCAGACGGCUACGUGCAGUUUGACAAAGACAGCAAGGCGUCGGCCUCUUCCUCCUCCCACUACUCCCAGUCCUCCUCGCAAAACUCGGACCUCACCCGGCCCCUCCAGAAGCGCAUGCAGACCCAUGUCUGACCCUUUGGGAGGGAGGGCGCGUGAACGGGGCGGAACAAGCAGCCGGGAUUGUAAAACUUUGCAAAGAGUCAAGCCACCAGGAGAUGCCAAAGUAUUUCCUGCGGUAGCCUGAAGAUGCUGAGGCUACUCGACUUAAUGCACCAUGUGACUUGCAUAGACUUCUCAAUGUCCCCCCCCUUAAAAAAAAAAAGAAAAAAAAUGAAUCAAGAAGCCUUAUUUUUCCUUCAUGUUUAAUUCACCGACUAUCUUCUUUUCAACCUAAAAUACAACAGUGCCACAGAGCUUAUUUGCCAACGCAAAUACGAAACAAGUUUGGAAUCUCAACUUUCAAUACUUGGUUUGUUGACAGAUGAGAGGGCAGGAACACGAGGCUUUGUAUGACAAUCAAUCCUCUCCCAUGGCAUGGACCAUAUUUCCUUUUUGAAGAUUGUCAUUCAAAAGAAGCGCGAGAUUGAAGCACUCUGAACAGACGGCCCGAGAACGAGUGCAAGCCAAAGUCCUGCUGCUCUCCCGUAGUUCCAAGCACAACAAUGAAUGUGCAUGUGAUUUUCUUUUUUUUCUUUUUCCUUUUCACUGUUUAAAGCGAUAACUUCUCCCCACUCCCACCUUCUCUUCAAACGGCGAGUGUGAAGCGCGGCUUGUUGAAACUCGUCCCCUGUGUAGGUGGGAGAAAACUUUCUCCAUGUGGCCAGACGUCUCAGACACUGAGGGGGACCUUUUUUUUUUUUUUUUUCUUUUGCUCCCACUCUCCACGGAUGUUUCCCAGCCACAGAGCUGAGCAGAUAAAGAGGGCCUGAGUCAUCUUUUUACUGAGGACACCCCGCGAUGAAAUAAUUCCAAUGUACAUAUUGACUGUGAUUACUUUUCUAGCAUCUAAUUCUGGCUCUGGUGAGCCGGAUGACUCUGGAGUCACGCGCCGAUGACUCUAAAUGAGACACGAGCACCUCUUCAUCUUCAUAUGUACGAGAAGUACUUUGUCUUGAGGGUCUUUUUGAACUGGGUCAAUGUAAUCUUUGACUAAAGGAGAGUUAGACGAACACCAUCAGCUCCUCUGUUGAUGGGGAGCUCCAUCCAGCGUGGUCUUAACCAGGCCCAAACCCAGCUCUGCUGCAGGAGCCUCCUCCUGACACACGCCAUCAAACACCCUUGAGACCACCUGCUGAAUGAAAUGUAAACCUUAUAUUUUAGCUUCUUAUCGUGCGGUUGUCCCACCGCCAUAACGAGCAUCACUGUUGACACUGGAGCUGAGUGCUUUCUCCCCACGCACCUACUUGUGAUCGUGCCGGUGGGUCACCAAAGGACAUAAGGAGCUAAUUUAAAAACUGUAUUUUAUUUUGCCGUCUCCUUUUCAGUAUUUGGUUACUGUGAAACUCGUGGGUGGCGAGCUAAUGAGCCAGUGCUUUUCAAGAGCAUUGUUUGGGUUUUGAUUUCCCGCUGCACGUGUCAUUUAUGAAACUGCUUUUAUUAUUUGAUCUCCGACACUGUAUUUGUUUGAAUCGAGAGGUUAGAGAGAUAAAAUUGAUUUAACUCCAAGCCACAAAAGCUUUUCUUCAAUACUAUACAGGAAAAGUGCAAGUAAGCCUGUUGAUAAACGUGGGGAUUCCAUUGCGGCUUUAAAGCUAAACGGAACUCUUUCUUUUUGUUUCUGUGCUCCUUGGCGUCACACCACUGGAUGCGAGCAUAUAUUAUCGUCGCCUAACGCUGUGUUGAAGCAGCGUUGGCAUGAAAGUGGCAGGCGUCUCCACGCACAGGUAGUUGCAGCUACUGUACAUUGUUCACGACAUCUUUCUUGAUGCAAACGUUCUCCUGGCCACGCGUAACAGAAUCCGGCGGUUUGGGAAUCCAUCCGUUCUUUAAAAGAUAAACGGCUGGUUUGAAGACAUGACUGGAAAACAGCAGUGGUUAUUUGAUUCUGAAUUUGAUUUCUUUUUUCUUUUUUUUUUUUGUUUAGUUUAAUGAAAAUAUAACCUAAAAUAUAAAUAAUCAACCUUUCAAAUAUCUCCUUUAAUCAGGUACUUUGAUUUCAGUAGCAGUCAGCUGAACUCUGAAAUCUGCCUCCCAACCCAUGAAAUACCGAGCACGGUUUCUGAACAAAAUCAAGUUGUUGUUGUAAGCACUUUAAAUAUGAUUAUAUUCAAGGCAUUUGAAAGGGGUUUUCCACUUGAGUAACAGUGGUUUGAACUAAUUUUACAAAUGGAUUGGCGCCCAUUGUACAGCUUAAGACAAAAAGCUCUGUUUCAAUGCUGAUAAUCCAGCUUGGCACUUAGCAGACUGUAUAUAAAUCUCCAAUGCUGUCUUUUUCUGUAUAUAUUUCUUUUUUUCCUGGCUUUUCUUUCUUUCUCGUUCAGAAUUUACUACAGUAUAUUAGAGCUCAACAAACAUGUGGCAUCAAAACUGCACAGACAGACAAUCAUUUUCUUUUUGUUUUCCUUCCAAAAAAUGUCAUCAAUCUUUCAUAUUUCUCUCCACAAAUGACAUGGACGGCUUGCGUGAACAGAGGAGACUCUGCACACCAAGAACACAGGAAGCUAUAGGACGGGCUUAUCGGGGACAGCUUUGAAGCGAGAUGCAGUAAGAGGUUAUUAUACUUUCAGCUCCUCAGAGCGAUGCUCAGCGAUCUAUUGGAUUUGGCACAAUGACGGCUGCCAAGUAUGUCGGUGACAUUUUGUUUUUUAUUUAUUUUCCUCAGAAUUCAUGAGUGCACUUUUUUUCCCCACUUGUUAUCAACAGCCUUCAAUUAUGGGUGUGAUCUAAUUUGCAAGGGAAAUAUAUGGUUUUAAUUUAUAUUUGCAUAAGUGGUGCACUUCUAUUGUUGCAGCUCUAGAAUUUAAAAUCUCACCACAACGCAAACAUACAUCGAGUUGUUGUUUGAAAACAAGACCGUUUUGGCAUCCUGUCCACAAGGUUCUGUAACGACUGCAACUUCUGCGCCGAUCCAAACAUGAUAUAUUUUACAAGUCAAGAGCAUCUGCCACUGUGCGCGGCAAACAGAUACAUAUUUGAUAGAGCAGUCUUCUGGUCUCAUCCACCCCAACAGCUACGAUGAAUAUACUGCGGGAUGAGAGCAUCGUCUCAGUCCUUGGGACUCAAAGCCCACGUGGGGGAAAAGUGUGCUCCGUUCACCUGUACAUGACUUGCUGGCUUGUGCUGGCAGCGCCUGUUUCCUUGGCUGCAAGCGCAGCACAGAUGCCAGGGCAUAACAGAUGAUUAAACACAGAGACCUGGGACAAUUACAAGGGGUUGCUGCCCUUUUCUGAUAAAACAGAGUAACCUUUUCAGAGCAGAGGAUGCAGGGUCGUUUAUUAUUCAGAAAUGCGAAGGACAAGCCUGUGCUACUCUGGCAAUAAGCAUUUUUAAGGUAAGACAGAGGAGGGGAGGUGUGAACUACUCUGUAGAAAUGUGUAAAAGCCUCUCUGCUCACCGACUUGUUGGGUUAUGUUUUAGUGCACAACACAUUUAUGUUGGUCUUAAAGCCACCCUAUGUAGCAAUAUACUUUUGACCACAAGGGUGUAGCAUAGUGCACUAUGUACACUGGGGGUUUGCAAAUGACCACUGUCUAGUGUAAAACUGCAACUGUGCUCCUACUGCAGCACAGUGAACUUAAUACUUCAGCUACUUUAUCCAAGUUACCACCAAACAUUUGACUUAUACAUCGUAAAUUCAAAAAAAAUGAACCCAAUUUUCCUUGUCAUGUUUGUAAUCUAUCCCUGAUUUAAUUACAGUUCAAAGCUGUGCCAUUUAUUGAAGAUGGCCAGCAGUUCUCUUUUUUUUAUCUAAAAUGUGCAUAUCAGCGUCUCAGCACUUGUGCUGUGUCACGACGUGCAUCGAGUGAUAGAAGUGUUCUGGGUUCCACACUAACGUUUCUAACCAUUUUGGCUGCAGCAUCUGGGAACUUGCAGUGUAUUUCGUGAAAACAGAAUUAGUAAUUAAAUUCAGAACAUAGCCAAUACGUCAGCCUUUUGGCAAAAGACACAAGGAAGUGCACGUCUAGUGGGACAAGGUGAUUUGUUGAGCUAUCCCAACUCAUUACCACAGUAUUACGUCUCUACCGCAAACACAGAGGAGCUGCCUGCCCCCGUGUGGUCAAUACUGGUAUUGCUGCAUCUGGUGGCCUCAAUGAAAUGAGGCAAAAAAAUAAAGAAAUGCUGAACAUUACCACUGCCGAGAUAGUGCCUCAGAAGAGCGACAUACAUAUGCCGAAGGUCCCGCUGUGUAUUACAGGUUUUAAUAUCCAGGAUGGAAUACAUUCCAACAGGCGGCACAUAAAACAUCAUACUGAUCAUAUGUCUUUCAUGAAGUGUAUAAAUGCUUUCUCUCUUUAUCUUUCACUUUCUAUCCUUCAAAUCAAUACCUUGUUAGUACUUCAAUAACAUACGAGUGAAGCCGUGGACUAAAUAAUAUUUGGAAAUAAUACUCCGAUUUUUCUUCAGGGCACUUUGGUAAUCGUGGUGUUCGGUUUGCAGCAGCCCGGUUUGCUGUGUACUUUAAGUCACACAAGAAAAUUCAGAGCAUCACAGCAAAGCUUUUGAAAGUCAAAUGAGUACAGUUUCCCUGUGACUGCUUGAAUUUUUCUCUACCACAUGAAAUCGACUUGCAAAUAUGAUAUGGCACAGGUGUGAAAAGUACUUCACUUUGGUGGUCAUUUCAACAAAAUGUAUAAAUAGUAACUAUAAACAUGCAGAAAUUGUAAUAAAAAGACAACGUGUAAAUGCUUUUGGUUAAACCACUAUUUUCAGGCAAUGUGCCUCAGUAUCUCAGAAAAAAAAAGUAAUGAAAAGAAAAACAGUUGUAUUUAAACUGUACUGGUCUGUGAAUCUAUGAUGCUUUUGCUCUGUAUAUUUGGAGAAUAAAACUGUUUGAGUUUGUGUUUAUUUGCACUAAUCUUUGUCAGUGAGAACCACAUGGGUUGAUUUUACAACUGCAUGGAUGGAGCUGGAUCGCACAGGAGUGCUGUUGAACAUUUGCAAACAAUAAAAGAAUAUAUUCAGUGUAAGCUUUGAA